UGCAGUCCACACACCAGCAACUUUGACUCUAGUCGACUCACACCAGUGCUACUGCAGUAUUGAGAUAUAAGAAAUGGAAAGAAAAAAUGCAGUGGAGACAAUCACUGAUGCCAACAGAGAUGCUAGAAACCGUCAUAACGUCAGGACAGAAACAGAAAAAUCAGACACCAAGAGACACCAAACACCUCAACACACAGGAAGUGGAUCAGAGAAGAUCAGACGCUACAGAUCGGCUGUAGUGUGUUUGGUUCUGCUGUGUGUUCUUCUGCUGACUGCAGUCAUAAUGCUGUCUGUCAAUCUCCAUAAUAUGAUUGAGGAUUUUUACAUCAAGAACAAAAACCUCACCGACGAGAUAACGGAGUUAGCAAACAAAAAAUCUAACUUGGACAAUAAUGUUAAAGCAUUGUCAGCUAAGAAAGAAGAUCUAAUAAAAACACAAAAGCAUUUAAAGGAGAAUAUGCAAGAAUUGUUGACGCAGAAAAGCAAAAUGGAUGGAUGGAAGUGCCAUCAAUCCAGUCUCUACUAUGUUUCCUCAGAGAAGAAGAACUGGAUUCAGAGCAGAGCAGACUGUACAGACAGAGGAGCAGAUCUGAUCAUCAUAGACAACAAAGAAGAACAAGACUUUUUGAAAAGAGUUUCUGGUGAUUCUGAGGUUUGGAUCGGUCUGACUAAGGUGGAUGGCACAUGGAAAUGGGUUAAUGAAAGCACAGGGACUCAACCUGGGUUCUGGGCGUCUAGGAAACCCAGCGAUAGCUCUGGUAACGAGAAUUGUGCUGUGAAUCUGUCAUCAGGGUUUGCUGAUUAUUCGUGUGUUACAAAAAAGUUUAAAUGGAUCUGCGAGAAGAACAAUUUGAAGAACUAAUAACACUGAAUGGUUAAUAAAGGGUUGUUACAACAUGUUUGGUCUCGUUCCACAAAUUCUUGUCCUCAUGUAAUAAAUCAUCUUUAUCACUGAAACUCUGAGUAAGCUCAUCUAUUAUAUUUUGUUACUAAUAUAUCAUAUAACAAAGUCAAACUUUGUUACUAAUAUAUCAAAUAACAAAGUCACACUUAAAGCUAAAAAUGUUUCACUAUUAACACAAAAUAAAUAGAAAAGACUGUCAUCAAUGAUAGAACUAUUCCCUUUAAGAAAGAAAGAAAUAAUUUCAUUUAUAAAAACAAGAAACUGAG